AUGGACCCGGCCGGCGAAAUGCCAGAGAUCUCUGGAAAGAGCCAGGCCUUGGGGACCUCCCUCCCUACUACUCGCCGCUUCCGAAGCUGGACGCAGCGCCGUGACGUCUUGCUCAGCAGUCUCUUUCGCGAGCUAAGUCGUUUGGGCAAAGACGGCCGACGCCUCGUCCUGGAGAGGAGUUUCUCCGAGGGGCAGCGGGCCGCAUUGGAGCAGUGGAUGCUCCGGCGCCGUGCCAAGGGCGCUCCGUGCGGAGCGCUCAAGGGCCGCGGAUGCCGCCGGGACGGCUCUCGUUGUCGGACCUCCCGACGAACACGGGCCGCCGCAGGUGGCAACACUUCGGCAAAGAAGGCCAGCUGCCGCUCCGGCACGAGGAGGGGCGUGGUGGCCACAGCCCACAAGAAACCCGGAGCCCAAUCCUACUACGCCGUGGCAUGUUCCGGCAUGCUCCGGCUCACGUCGAGGAAGACCCGGGACCUCUGGACAGCCCUUUACCAUCGCGAG